UCUGGUCAGUCCACGGUAACCUUGAUACCGUCAGGUUACCCUUUCGGUCGGAAAAGACCUGACCAACAGCAAUAUGAUCAAUUCUCAACAUUUCGUGAUCAUGAUAGAAAUUGGGUAAGCUUGGACUUAUUAGACCCAGCCGUCGCAUAUCAUUGUGACCCUGGUAUGAUGUUUUCUCAAUUGAACUAGAGGCGCCUCAGGCCAACAGCACAACCAUUGUCCUUCAUUGCACUUAUCUACAGGAGUUCCCGUGAGAAUCUUAUCUCCAAGCAGAUGUUGGGACUCAGGGUCGUACCGUUUUCUUGCACUUUGCUUUUGUCGCUUUAAUUUGAAUAUACGGUAGCCUUCAAGACUCCAUAUUGUCUGCUCAACAAAAUCAGUUUUGCUUAUAGCGAUGAUGACCAUAGACUACAAGCUGAUGAUGUAGCAUGUUUGAUAUUUUCUGUGCGUUGUUUUUGUUCUGUAGACAACCAUGGCCUGCAAGCUGACGAUGUUCCUGGGCCUGACCGCCCUCCUGACGCUGCUGAUGGUGCACCCGGCAGAUUCGCUCAGGCAGAGGAGGAUGGUGCCACAGGAGGUCUUGGCUCUGGAGGAUUUGAUCAGCAUCUUGACUGACGAUGCCGACAUAGACGAGAGCGCCAAGGUCCUCCGGGGUGACAGUGAUGAGGAGCAUUAUGAAGGGGAUGGUCACGGCCAUAAGCUCUUUAGGAAGGAUGAUGAUAGUGAUGAGGAACAUUAUGAGGGGGAUGGUCACGGCCAUAAGCUCUUUAGGAAGGGAGGUGACAGCGAUGAGGAGCAUUAUGAGGGGGAUGGUCACGACCAUAAGCUCUUUAGGAAGGAUGAUGAUAGUGAGGAACAUUAUGAGGGGAAUGGUCACGGCCAUAAGCUCUUUAGGAAGGAUGAUGAUAGUGAGGAACAUUAUGAGGGGGAUGGUCACGGCCAUAAGCUCUUUAGGAAGGAUGAUGAUAGUGAGGAACAUUAUAAAGGGGAUGGUCACGGCCAUAAGCUCUUUAGGAAGGAUGAUGAUAGUGAGGAACAUUAUGAGGGGGAUGGUCACGGCCAUAAGCUCUUUAGGAAGGAUGAUGAUAGUGAGGAACAUUAUGAGGGGGAUGGUCACGGCCAUAAGCUCUUUAGGAAGGAUGAUGAUAGUGAGGAACAUUAUGAGGGGGAUGGUCACGGCCAUAAGCUCUUUAGGAAGGAUGAUGAUAGUGAGGAACAUUAUGAGGGUGAUGGUCACGGCCAUAAGCUCUUUAGGAAGGAUGAUGAUAGUGAGGAACAUUAUGAAGGGGAUGGUCACGGCCAUAAGCUCUUUAUGAAGGAGGAUGAUAGUGAGGAACAUUAUGAGGGUGAUGGUCACGGCCAUAAGCUCUUUAGGAAGGAGGAUGAUAGUGAGGAACAUUAUGAGGGGGAUGGUCACGGCCAUAAGCUCUUUAGGAAGGAUGAUGAUAGUGAGGAACAUUAUGAGGGGGAUGGUCACGGCCAUAAGCUCUUUAGGAAGGAUGAUGAUAGUGAGGAACAUUAUGAAGGGGAUGGUCACGGCCAUAAGCUCUUUAGGAAGGAUGAUGAUAGUGAGGAACAUUAUGAAGGGGAUGGUCACGGCCAUAAGCUCUUUAGGAAGGAGGAUGAUAGUGAUGAGGAACAUUAUGAGGGCGAUGGUCACGACCAUAAGCUCUUUAGGAAGGAUGAUGAUAGCGAGGAACAUUAUGAAGGGGAUGGUCACGAUCAUAAGUUCCUUAAGAAGGGGGGUGACAGCGAUGAGGAACAUUAUGAAGGAGACGACCGAGUUGCAGGACUUCUUGGUGCUCAGUGGAGUGAGCGGGUAAAAAUCCUCGUGUAUGCAUACAGUACUUCACCUGAGGUUCGCCAGAGGGCGUGA